CAGCGAACAGUUGUGAUGUACAUAGAGAUGGGUUGUUUUGUAUCCUGUCUCUGUGGCUGGAUUUUAAUCUGUUCUACUAUGGCCACUGAAUACUGGAUCGUUUCUGAAAGCGCUGAAGUGGUUCUCAAUGCCGGUAUGUAUUAUUCCAACCUGUGGAUGGACUGUCUCGCAGACUCCACAGGGGUUUCUGACUGCAGAUAUUUCCCCUCCAUGAUGAACCUUUCUGUUUUCCUCCAUGUGAGCAGGGCUCUGGCUGUGGUCUCUGUGAUUUUGGGCUUCUGGGCGGCUGUGCUUGCUCUCAUUGGGAUGAAGUGUACCAAGAUUGGAGGCUCUGAACUCAUUAACGCCAGAGUUACGUUUGCGGCGGCUUUGACGUACAUGUUAUCUGGGUUCUGUGGGAUGAUAGUGUACUCCUGGUGGGGAGAGAAGACGCGCGUAGAAUUUUUGGAUCCAUAUUUCCUAGAAAUUAAGUCUGAGCUGGGUGCGGGUCUGUUCAUCGGUUGGGGAGGAUCGUGUCUGAUUAUUUGUGGAAGUGCAGUCAUGUGCUACUUCUCUGGGAGAGAGUCGUUCCCUCAGAGAUUAAAAGCAAAACCCAGAAGACCCCCGAUUUACAUGACGGCUCGUACCAGACGGUUGUACAUGCUGCCGGGCUCCUCUAGACCCACAACAGUAAUCGUGCCUUCUAUAUACCAAUCACAAGGAGAAAGCAGAGGAAGUCAAUUGAGAACAGGCAGGAGGGAAACACAAGAAAGUCGACCCCCGCCGCCUCCCAUAGACUCAGCUGUGUGACAACUUGGAAAACGGGCUUUGUUGAGUGCGUCUAAUCCUGAUGGUUUUCUCAAAAGAACCCUCUGUGGAGUAUAACAGUGUUGAGUUUACAGUAUCUCAUAAAGGUUAAAAGUAAAUGUAUUCAAUUAAAUCCAUUUACAAAUAUAUUUUUAUGUAUAUACAGUAUACAUAGGUUGCAGGUGUACACGUACUUCAGUUGCAUUGAACCUAUCCUCUAACACUGCGGUUUUUACUGCUGUAGAUAAGAAGGAACACUGGAUGUUGUGUUUGUAUAUCACAGGUGAUAUUAAAUUGGCAGAUUUUGGGGAGAGUGGAAUAUGUGGAAAGUGAAAUAAUGUCACAUUUUCAAAUCAGCUCAGAAACAAAGGCCGCAGUAGGCAAUAUGACAUCACUGGUCUGAGACCGGGCGAUGACAUCACUGUUCUCUGAAACCUGUUAAUGACGUCACUGCUAUAUCAGGAUUAUUCAUUCUUUUUUUCAAUUCACAUUGUUCUGUAAAGCACUUUUCACAACAUUUAACAUGAAUGUUUCUGCUUAUAAUUAAUAGUAAUCUGUUAGCAAGCAGCUAUGUAAUUUGACAAGGAUGCCCUGAAAUACUGUACUUGAAGUUGAC